AUGAGUGAAGGAACGACAGUAACGGUGAGAAUCCACUUCGGUGGAGUAAUGGAGAAAACUGGAGAAACUUAUAAGUAUGAGGGUGAAUUGGGAGUCAAGACAAAGUUUUUGAAGUUCAGUAGGGAAGACACGUUGAUAAAUGCACCGAUAAGAUUUAUAUGGUAUAAAGAGGUAGAGAAAGAGAUGAAGACACUGAACUAUGUUUAUGAAGGAUAUUCGGAAGAUAUGUUCUUGUUGAUUUGUGUCGCGAAAGAAAAAGGUGAGGUUGAAGUCUUCGUUGAACAUGAUAUUUCAGAGCAUAGUGAGCCGCCCAUAUAUCUGGUAACACCAAAGAGCCAGCGUGAAGAUGUUCACGAAGAUGAAGAUAAAGAUCUUUCCAGUGAAAAAGAAGUCGAGAGACCAAUAGAAGAUGGAGAAUCUGAUUAG